AUGAGAGACCAGCUUAGUCACCUCCAUCAGGUGCAGACUGACUCUGAGGGUUUCAGCACGGUGGAGCUGGACAAUUUGUCAGAUCAUGAGGCAGCAGCAUCAUCACAUCCUGUCCCGGACCUGGACGAGGUCCUGCAGGAGGCCCAACGGAUACGUCUGGAGAUCCAGCAGAUCCAGAGCGACGUCAUGGAGCUGAAAGAUGUGAACUACCAGGCCUUAAACAAGACCUCGUACCCUCUGGCAACAAAAAGAGACUCCAAUGCAAUCGGGGCGGAUGUCAAACGCAGAGGAGAGGCGGUGCUGCAGCGGCUGCACAUGAUGAAUGCUCUCAGCAGAGAACUGGAGGCUCAGCGUGGCGGCUCCGACCCGGAAGCCCGCGUUGCUCGAACACAGUACCAGUGUCUCAGCGGCACCCUGCGGGAGGUGAUGUGCAGCUACAACGACACCGAGAUGAGCCACAGGGAGGCCUGCAAACGGCAGAUCCAGAGGCAGAUGGAGGUGGUGGACAGGGAGCUCAGCGCGGAGGAGCUGGAGGAGAUGAUGGAGAGCGGCGAGUGGAGCGUGUUCGGCGCCCAGGUGGAGGGCAAAACGGCUCGCUCGGCCUUCCUGCAGAUCGAGAGCCGACGAGAGGAGCUGCUGGAGCUGGAGACGAGGAUCCAGGGGAUCCAGGAGCUGUUUCUGGACGUGGCUUUGCUCACAGAGGAGCAGGUGGCGAUCGUCGACAACAUCCAGAAAAACGCACAAAAUACGGAAGUGAGCGUUCAGGAUGCCGUGGUCCACCUGGACAGAGCGGUGGCUUAUGAUAGAAACAACCCCUUCAAGAAGAUGUUCUGUUGCUGCUUUCCAUGUAUUAAAAGUUUGAUGUCUUGA